CGCGACCGGAAGCGGAAGUGAGUGCGCUGGUAAUCAUGGUGCCGCUGGGGUGGGGAAGGAGGUGCUGCCGCUGCCGGGAGCUCGAUGGGUUGUUACGGUCCCACUUCAGGAUACCGCAGUGAGCGGCGGUGAGCCAUGGGGGAAAACAGUCCCGAAGGCAACGUUAUCUACUAUGAAGUGGACGAUGACGAAUUAACCCAAGAUGACAAUAUGAUGAGGUUUGCUGAUAAAAACGGACUGGUUUCUUCAUCGUCCGGGACGGUCUAUGACAGGACAACUGUUCUCAUAGAGCAAGACAGCGUGCUGGAAGAUGAUGAGGAUGAAGGACAAUGUGGUGAUCACUUGCCUUUUUUACCGGAGGGUCAUGAAGAAGGAUUUCAUUUAAUAGCAGAUCAUGAAGGAAUGUCCCAGGGUUAUGUGCAACAUAUUAUUUCUCCAGAUCAGAUUCACCUAACAAUAAAUCCUGGUUCAACUCCUAUGCCAAGAAACAUUGAAGGCGCAACACUCACUCUGCAGUCUGAAUGCCCAGAAACCAAGCUUAAAGAAGUUAAGAGAUACCAGUGCACUUUUGAGGGCUGUCCACGAACCUAUAGCACUGCUGGAAACCUGCGCACUCACCAAAAGACACAUCGUGGGGAAUACACUUUUGUCUGCAAUCAAGAAGGCUGUGGCAAAGCCUUUCUUACCUCUUACAGCCUCAAAAUCCACGUUCGAGUGCACACAAAGGAGAAGCCGUUUGAAUGUGAUGUGCAGGGCUGUGAAAAGGCAUUCAAUACACUGUACAGGUUGAAAGCACAUCAGAGACUUCACACAGGGAAAACAUUUAACUGUGAAUCAGAAGGCUGCAGUAAAUACUUCACAACACACAGUGACCUGAGGAAGCACAUUCGAACACACACAGGAGAAAAGCCAUUUCGGUGUGAACAUGACGGCUGUGGAAAGGCUUUUGCUGCAAGCCACCACCUCAAAACACAUGUUAGGACACAUACUGGGGAGAAGCCCUUCUUCUGUCCCAGCAAUGGCUGUGAGAAGACUUUCAGUACACAGUAUAGUCUCAAAAGUCACAUGAAAGGCCAUGAGAAAGGACAUACCUACAAUGCACUUCCCAAUAACAACGUGUCUGAGGAUACAAGCCACUCGCUUUGUCUGAGUGACUUAAGCCUCAUAUCAACAGAUUCAGAGCUGCGGGAGAACUCGAAUCUAACACACGGACAAGAUCUUAGCACAAUCUCACCAGCAAGCAUCUUUGAGUCUAUGUUUCAGAGCACAGAUCACACCACAAAUCAGGAAGACUCCAAGCAGACAGCUGCCUUGAUUGAAGCUUUUAAUGGUCAUGCAGACUCAGUCACUGCUGUUCCGCCUUCUGCAGGAGAUUCAGCGUCGUUGUCACUUCCACUUGUACUGCAGCUUGGCAUCUCUGAGCCUUCACAUUCAGCACUACAAGCCUCAGCAGCACCUGCUGCUCCCUCCUCCAUAGGAACCAGCUCACAGCAAGCUGCAUUUGGAAAUCCUGCAACUGUUUUACAAUCCCCAGAAGUGCCUGUACCUCACAGCACACAGUUUGCAGCCAGUCACCAAGACUUCCUGCAGCACACUCAGACACCACCGCAGCCCAUUGUACAAGGACUUUCAGUGGUUGCUGGGGCACCUGCCCCAACAGCAUCAAGUGCCACUGAGCCCCUGCCAGCUGUAGUUCAGACUGUGCCUGUUGGUGCGAACUCUGUUCUGACCAGCAAUCCAACCAUAACAAUUACUCCUUCUCAGAGCGCCGCCAUUCUGCAGUCCAGCAUCGUCAUGGGAGAGCAAAACUUGCAAUGGAUAUUAAAUGGUGCCACUGGUUCUCCACAAAGCCAAGAACAAAUGCCACAAGUUCCAAAAGUAGUAGAAAAGGUCUUUUUUACCACUGCAUUACCAGUAGCUGGCAACACAGGUAACCCUGUUCAGCAGAUCGGUCUCAGCGUUCCUGUCAUUAUUAUAAAGCAGGAGGAAGCCUGCCAGUGUCAGUGUGCCUGCCGAGACUCUGCCAAGGACAAAGUCACCAUUAAGAAGGAGAAUUCCUCACCUGAACCGAAAGCUUCGGAGCAGCCAGCUCCCCAGCUGCAGCCUCAGACCUUUCCUUCUUCUUCCUCUUCCCCUUCUCCCUCACGUGGGCAGAGCAGUCAAAUAGUUAACCCUUCAGACUUACAGACUGAAACAUUAAGUGCCAUGGAUGUAUCGGACUUCCUGUCCCUCCAAAGUCCUGAAACCCCAUCUAAUAUAAUUCCAAUCGAAGCACUACUGCAGGGUGAGGAAGAAAUUGGUCUGAAUAGCAACUUCUCUAAAUGAAGAUGUUCUGGAUUUUCUUUUGCACCUGGAGGGUAAAACCUUCCUCUUAGAAGCAGAAACUGAAGGAUCGAUUCUUUUUUUUUUUUCCUUCCUCUUUGGAAGUUUUGUGGCUUAUUUCUGCUUCCCAGAUGUCAUCUUAGUCACGUCCCAGGUACAUCCAUCUUUAAGAAUCUAUCUAAAAAUAGAAAAGGCAAAAAAAAAAAAAAAAAAAGAAAAAAAAGCUAAGUUAUAUAUGAACUGUUUUGGCUGCACUGUCUGUCACUUUUGCUUGUCAUAUGUGAACACGGAAGUUAAGGUUACUCGUGUGCAAAAA